GGAGCUUUCAAGAUUUAUUGCAGCUGGGCGACUGCAUUGCAAAAUAGACAAAGUAAACGAGAUAGUCGAAACUAACAGGCCCGAUAGCAAGAACUGGCAGUACCAAGAAACCAUCAAGAAAGGAGAUUUGCUGCUAAAUAGAGUUCAGAAACUUUCCAGAGUAAUCAAUAUGUAACGCUUUUUAAAAAAUAACGGAAUGCAAAAUGUAGAUGUUUAAGGCCAUUUUGGAAGUAAUGUGUACUGUAUGAGUUGAUAUGCGGUAGCUAAGAAAAUUAUAAGUGAGAAGUAGGGUUUUUACAGUCUGCUUCAUUAUGUAAACAACUGAACUGUAUAAAUGUUAGUCAUGGUUUCAGAUCCCAGUUCAUUAAAUAUAUAAUACAGUGGGAUGUAAUGUGCUAUGUUCAUAUACAAUGUUCAGUAUUUUGUUUCAUAGUAAACUAUUAUGUUUAGAAAGCAGGGCUAAUAUUUGAGAGAGAUAUAAAAGAACUAGUGACAGUCCCAGAAUUACUCAUGGGACUUGUUCAUUUGUGCCUAAAGAAAACUAGAUAUUUAACAGUAGAAGGAAAUAUUUACAUUAUAGUAGUACCCAAAGGCUUCUGUAGCGUUUUGGGCCCCAUGGUGGUGGGCACUAUACAGAGAGAUUCCCUCUCCUAAAGGGAUUACAGUCUAAAGACACUGACAGACAAAGAGUAGAAGGUAUACAGCAGCACACAUCCUAACCAAUAUGGUACAGAAUGUGCACAGCUUUGUUAGCUGCAUAGAUUGCACCUUUAAUUGAUUAAAGUAACAUUGCCCUGAAAAAGGUAUAUUUGUUAGCUGCCUACUAAUGCUAUAUGUGGCAAAGAACAUUGAUCGGUUACAUUAUCUGAGCAUUACGGUCGGGGUUAGAUUUCCAAGUUUCAGAAUGAUGGUAUGAAACAGUGGGAGACACUAAUGCCAUUUGAUGCAUCAAUCAGCAGUAGAAAUCACACGCUGUAGAUAGCCCUGGGCAGCUGUGGAGAAAGAGAGAAAAUUUUACUCUGGUUCAGGCAUUGUCCCAGCGACACACAGUUCUGUCUUUAACAAGAGCCUGCAGCAACUGCUUCCGCCAUCCUUGCGUGAGGUGGAUGGCUCAGAGCUUUCUCUAAAAAAGAAGAGCUCUCAAGUGCAGUGAUAUUAGCUGAAAUUCGAUUCAAAGUGCUUGGGAGCUACACCUUUGUACCUUGCGUUCAUUGCUGGUCUGAUAUCUACUAGGGAAGAUGCUCACCCGUGUGCUGAUGGGUGUCAAAACCCUUAUCUGGGAUGUAUGGAAGGGAGUGCAGGUGAAUGGAGGAUAGAGGACCAUAAUUACACUCUAUCUCCACGUGCAAUGGGGGACUCUGGGCAUCUCCCUAUGUCUGAGUAACUACCACUUUGCUGGCCUGGGGAGGUUAGCACCCUUAGCCACAAGCUCUGCAGGUGAGGAGUUACUUUAUAUCAUGAUGCUGUAGAUCACUCUUCACUGGAUUGUUCUGGAAUUCAUGCUCUAGGAAGUUGGGUCAUCCCCAUCCCCUCCCCCAAAUACCUGAAUUUGUAAUCAGCUGGUUGGGAAAGACGAGGUGGCCAGCUCACCCAUAACUUUUUCUAAGCAAUACUAGUGUGGGUAGUGUUAAAAAAUGAAAAAUGUUUCACACACAUUCCCUGUUAAAAAAAAAAAUCCUGAUUUUCAUGAAUUUGCCUCGCGUGGUCUGAAUAAUGGAGGAGAGUGUUGAGAGUUCGUUGCUGUGGCGUCAGCUCAAGCAGUGAAUUACGUGUUGGGACAGUGGUAGGUGCUCUCACAAUAACUGCAGUGUUUACAGUGCUGGAGUUUUAAUUUGAAUCCAAAUUCUCUUUUCAUUGUAUUAGCAAACCUUCCUUGAAUACAGUAUUUCGCUCACA